UUUUUUUUAAAUUUUACCUUUUAUUUUUCUCCGUGGAUUAAAUGUCUUUCGAUGCAAGAUCGUCACUGGGAAUAUUUUUUCUCAACUAAUUUGUUUUCAAUAAUUAUUAAAUUAUUUUUUUAAUGAUCAAUAAAUUUAUAAAUAAAGCAGAUCAGUAAUUUUUUUCUUUAAAUAAUAAUUUAUACUUUAUAUUUAAAAAAGUAAUACUCGGGAACACUAUAUUCUUUUCGUGCGGGAUAUGUUCCGUGGAUCGCGAUUUUGUUAAAGUUGUCAUUUUUGAGUUCUGAUAUUUCGAUUAUUACUUCUUCAAUUUUUCAAAAAAUUAUUGAUAUGAUAUUCAUUUUUUUCAUUAUUGUAUAUUAUAAUGAUAAUCAUUAUAUUGUACGCUGAAGUAUAUGUAUAUUAAAAAAAAAAACUCUACAGUUAUUAUUAUUAUUUAUUCAUUAAAAUUCACUCGUACAGAAUUUUCAUUGUAGAUUUAAUAAUGAAAGUCAAUUACUAUGUAAAGUUCAACUCUAUUUGUAUAACAACGAACGAAUUCAAUUUAACUUAUCACGUGGGGCCGACAGGAAAACCAAAAUACAAUCUUUUUUUUUAUAAAGAUUUUGAAGGACUGCAACCGGGAUUCAAAAAAAAUUUCUGAUGCCACUGAAAAAGAUGAAACAAAAUAUUGAAUACCGUUGUUCUACGUCAGAAUACAAGAAGUUUCAAAGACUAACAUUGUCAGUAGAUGCUAUCGAAUACUGGAAGCUUCUCGAUCUUUGGUACGACCUGAAAAUUAAAAAACAAUUAGAUGAAAGUCAUGGUUCUACGGUAUAUACGGAUAAACUCGUUAACAAUAUUUUGGAUGUCUGCUAUGGUCGAUAUUGUAUUCGUGUGUUGUUGCUGUACUGAAGAAUUAUGACUAUCCAGUACACUACGUCAUAGGAGAUUACGUCACUGGAGAACCGUUUGAGGAGAAAUGAUUCGUGGCCGCAAGCAUUUUUUCUUUACUAUACUGUUUGGCACACGCCAAGAGGAGAGAGCCGAAAAACAAUCUAUGGGCACAGUUAAACUGUGACUGAGAGCAAUAAGUUAGAGCAAGAUAAAAAGUUUUCUUGUUGCACGACGAAGCUCAACCGUUCGAUCCGGAAUUCAACGAAAGAGCGAGAGAAUGUUCCACGAUCGCGGUUGCUGAUGAAGAGGGGUACAUGUAGAAGAAGAGAUGAACACACGAUCUAUUCAGAUAACGACUAAGAAUACUUAUAAGUGGGAGCGUAUUGAUAUAUUUUGAUUGGCUGUUCGUUAUUUGCUGCUUCCAAAUAUGGGACAGUCUCCGUAGUUCAUUCAUAAAACUGCGGGGUGCGCCGAGCCUCAGCUCAGUUUGUGCGCGACCCCCACGCAUUACACGUCGUUAAUGACAUUCUUUUCACGUGAAGCUAUAGAAAACAAGACAAAAAAGAGCAAGAAAAAAUAUAUUUUCAUCGACCCCACACACAGAAAAAAAAAGACCGAGAUAAGUUUAUAGCACAAAAAUACGUAUAGAUACAUAUUCAUCUGGAACUUUUAUCGUUAUUGUUUUACUUCUGGAUAAUAGUUUUUUUUUUACUACUGUUUUUUAGUUUUUCUGCAAUUUUAGUGGUUUUUUUUGUAUUAUGAGGAUGCGCCUAAUUGAAUCAGUAACUCACUACCACCUCAUUCAUCAUUGUAAAACGACUAAAAAGUGAUGAUUAAUGAAAUAAUAAAAAAAAAUUUUUAAUCAGUCGAAAAAAUUUAUUAAAUAGAAGAAAAAAUGUAUUUAAUCAUUUCUGUUUAGUGGAAGAUAAGAGUGUUACGCUAUAUAAUUAUAUCGUCGGGUCUAGAUAUAUAUACGGAAAUGAGAGAUUUCGAAUAAAAGUUUUCUAACUUUGAAAACGUACAGUAGAGUAUGAUUCUCAUAAUAAAGCAAAGAAUGCGAAUCUUAAAAAAAUAAAACAAGGAAAGAAAAAUAUUUUCUAUUCCAAAUCCCGGGAAAAAAGUGGGAGGAGUGUGCGUUUCAAUCAGUAGGUGGAGCCGUCAGGAUUAACUUUGAAUAUUUUUGUGUACCAUGCUUCAGUUAACUUUACUUGUGCACAAUUGCUGUUUGUUGGUUGUUGCGUACAAAUAUAGAUAUGCAUAUAAAAUUAUGAAUGUAAGCGUCAGCAUGUGAGUAAUCUUUGGUUAUUGUAUUAAGCUCUAUUGUGGAGUUGUUCCAGCUUUCACGUGGAAAUAAUACAGAUGCGUGUAAUUGCAGAGUCUGUUACUAAAGUGAGCGAAAAUUCAUAAAUGGUCAAACGUAUAAAAUAGAAAGAAUUAAUUCUCUUGAAUACGAUACAGUCAUUCACAACAUUUGAUAUUUUGUAUAUAUUGUAAAAAAAAAAAAUAUAAGUAUACGCAAUUUUUUGAUACAGUUCAUGCAGAAGCACAGUGUAUUACUGAAAUUGAAAACGGUUUUAUACCACUGAAACUCGGCAAACACAGUUGUAUAGGAUGACGAUGGAUGGAAUCGAAGUAGUUGGCUCGCAACAUCAUGCGGCCACCAGCCCAUUUCUAUUAUCAUCUCCACCGCCAGGGCAUCAUCCUCACCAUCACCAUCACCAUCACCAUCAUGCUCACACUAAUCCACAUGCUACCUACAAUAUUCAGACUGUGCAAUUAAGUUUUGACGCUUGUUUAGCGUAUAACACAGUGACAACGAAUUCAUUAACAAAUCGAACUUCAUCACAAAAUUCUUCGACAAAUGUAAACAUAUCACAUAGUUCAGCAAAAGCAGCAAUCCCACUUCUGACACUUUCAAGUUAUCCACCUUUCUAUCUAGCACCAUUAACUUCUCCAGAACUGAAUGAACAGCAGCGUCACGAGCAUAGCCAUCAGCAACAAAGUCAAAACCACCUUGUUUCACGGGUACAAUGUCAAAAUCCAUCAUCUCCAGGUGAAUCAGCUGCCAAAAGUAGCAUAAUAGAUAGUGAUGACAAAACAGUCAGCUUGGGUAUUUGUCGACAUAGUGCACAAGAUAUACAAGAAAAAGAUAAACCUGGAGAACUUAAUACUCCAGUAACCACUAGCAGUGAUUUACCAUCUUUUUUUGGGCCUGCAGCACUUUUAGAGCCGCCUGCUAUUUCAGGCAGUUUAGCAGAAGACGAUUUAUCCUUAGAGAGAGCUGUAGAAAACGAAAAAACAAUAAGUGGAGAUCACCACCAUCACGCUCAUCAGGAGCCAGAAGAAAUAGUGUCGACAAGUCCUCGUUCGUGCCCAGAUGAAGUAAAUCGAAGUAAUGCUUCCCAAAGUGGAGUGAUUUCAUAUUCAUCCCAAAAUUCAACAAUAUAUUUAGCCUCAACAGGUGUUAAUGUCUGUAACGUUCCAUCGAUAACGUACAGAGGUAGUUUCACGGCGACCUGUACACAGGCCUCAUCUUUGAAUCCAUUGGAAACACAACAACCACAACCACAACCACAACCACAACCACAACCACAACCACAACCACAACCACAACCACAACCACAACCACAACCACAACCACAACCACAACCACAAUCACAUCCACAAUCACAAUCACAACCACAACAACAACAACAACAACAACAACAACAACAACAACAACAACAACAACAACAACAACAACAACAACAACAACAACAACAACAACAACAACAACAACAACAACAACAAGGAAAUCAGGAACUAUGGAGUUCAAUAUCUUCGCCAACGUUGACAUUAAACAGCCAACCUUUUUUGAAUUCAUCAUUGAAUCCAUCACCUUAUGGUGAGACUGUUGAGCUUCUCCAAGUUGAAACGAAACCACAACCACCUCCAGUUUAUACUGAACAACCAUCAACACCUCCGAGCUGGCUGAAUCAUGAAGACAGUUAUGAUCCAAAUUUAUUAAAUCAGCAACAUCAUCAUCAUAAUAAUCAGCAACAACACCAACAAGAGAUCACUUUGAAGCAAGAACCCACAAUUAAUUCUGGUUAUUCAUCAUCUGUCCAUCAACAACAUCAGAAUCAACAUCUUUCGAGCGGCAACCCUACUGGUGUUCAACUUGCUGAGUAUAAUCCAAGCACUUCGAAAGGACAUGAAAUCUUGUCACAGGUCUACCAACAAUCAACAUUACCACUCAGGCUCGUUCCUGUUAAACCACGAAAAUAUCCGAAUAGACCUAGCAAAACUCCUGUUCACGAACGUCCUUACGCGUGUCCUGUUGAUGGUUGUGAUAGAAGAUUUUCAAGAAGUGACGAACUAACGCGACAUAUUCGAAUUCAUACUGGCCAAAAACCAUUUCAAUGUCGAAUAUGUAUGAGAUCAUUUUCUAGAUCUGAUCAUCUGACAACACAUGUAAGAACACACACUGGCGAAAAACCGUUUUGUUGUGACCAGUGUGGCAGAAAAUUUGCAAGGAGUGAUGAAAAAAAGCGUCAUGCUAAAGUGCAUUUAAAACAGAGGUUGAAACGUGAGGCAAAUAAUCUAAAUCUAAAAGGACAUCAUAGCAAUGCUUCUCCGUCUUGCGAUCUGUGAUUUAUGGAUAGCGAACUUUUUUGAAUUGAGGUUAUGCCUUCGGAUUCAUUCGCAGGAAAAAUUGUUGGAAAAUAUGUCAGUCAAAAAUUUGAAAGCUGCGAAUUAUUGUCACUUUACUGUGAUUUAUUGACUGUUUUUAAAUUUUGAAAAAUUGUGAUUUGCAUGAAAUUUUCAAUAGAUGAUUAUAAAUAGAAAAUUUCAUUUCAAGGAGUUACUUGUUGAAAGUUGAAAUAAAUAAAUUAUUUUUAUCAUAUUAUCUUUUUGUUUAUCUGAAAUAAGUUUUAAUAAAUCUUACCUUUCGAACUUUUAAAAAAUCAGUUUGUUGAGGCGCUGUUUAGGCAAUUACAUUCCCAGGCUUUGUUUUGUGUUAACGAAAAAAGCCAAAUGAAUGCCGCUAUUUUAUGACGUUGGUUAUUCAAGUUGGAGCGUUUAGAAAUCCGAUAAUACAUCUAGAAACAUUCUUUUUGUAAAGAAUUCUUUUUAUAAUCAUCUUGUCAUAUACGUUAAAAUUUAGUCUAUAUACACUGAAAAAAAGUUACCGCUGCAGGCACGGUACGUUCCUGCUGCCGUAGCAGUAGAGUAGACUGCGAAGCGCUGUACUGCUGUGAGAGCAGUACACUUAACUUGGAAUUUCUGUACAGCUCUCACAGCAGUACAGCACUGCUGCUGUAGCGGUAGACUUUACUGUUGAUGAGUUCAGGCGUAUGAGCGGUACAAAGAAUAGCUGUAUGACACGUAAAGACUCGUUCGAUAAAUUAAAUGAUGUAUAUAUGUAUAUCAUUAAUAUUAAUUAUUAAUAAAUAUGAUUAUAUAUUA